CCGGCUUGGCUGCUCCGAAGAUGGCGGAGCGCGCCGGCGGCGGCACAUCCUUGAGGGGACUGCGCGAACGAAUGGUUGCUGCUGCUAAUGCCAUUGCUGAAGAAAGACGAAGUCAAGGUAGCUUUAGUUCUCUUCUGUCCCAGCCUUCAAAUAUAAAAUCACCAUUUAAGCCAGUAAUAGAUGGCUCUGUGCUUAAAAAUGACAUAAAACAAAGAUUAGCAAAGAAGCGGAGAGAAGAGAAAAAAAGACAAGAUGAUGCUAAUAAAGAGACACAGCUACUUGAAAAAGAAAGAAAGUCUAAGAUUGUAUAUGAAAAACAGAUGGAAGAAAAACAGCGAAAGCUGAGGGAACAGAAAGAAAAAGAUGAACAACGGAGAAUAUCUGCAGAAAAAAAAAGAAACGAAAUGUUAGAGGAAGAAAGGGAGAAAUUCAAAGCCGUCCUUCAUCGUACACUGGAAAGGAGCAGCCGCAUUGACCGUCAAAACAGAUGGUCGUGGGGAGGCUAUACAACAGUAAAUUCCCAAAAUAAGACCGUCAACAAACAUUCUACAUCUACUGAAAAGCUUGAGCAGGGGACUUGUGGAUUACAUAGACAAAUGUCAUCUACUGGUCUUCAAAAUUCUGUUGCCAAGAAAACACCAGAAAAGAGACGAAGUUCAUCUUUGAAUAGAAGAUGUAGCGGACUGCAUUCAUCUACAGAAACAGAACAAGUGGAAGAAAAACGACCUGGUUAUGUAAUCCAGUAUGUAAACAUGCCCCUGCUUAGGCCUAGCAGUGAUGAAUUGAAGAGUGCCAUAGUGCCUCCCCUGUCAACAGCGGUGAUGCCUUUCCAGGAGAAGGUAGAAAUACCUUCCAAGACUAGUGUGGGAGUCGCCCCCAAGGCAAGUGUGGAAGUGCCCCCUGAGGUGAGCGUUGAAGCACUCACCAAGGCAAGCUUGGAUGAAUCCCCCCAGGCGAACAUGGAAGCACCCCCUGAAGUGAGUGUGGAAGCGUUCCCGGAGGAGAGCAUGAAAAAACACCCCAAGGUGAGUGUGGAAACACUCCUGGAGGCGAGCAUGAAGGAACACCCUGCCGUGAAUGUGGAUGCACUCCCGGAGGCGAGCAUGGAAGAACCCCCCAAGGUGAGCGUGAGUGCGCUCCCGGAGGAGAGCAUGGAAGAACCCCCCAAGGUGAGCGUGGGUGCGCUCCCGGAGGAGAGCAUGGAAGAACACCCCAAGGUGAGCGUGAGUGCGCUCCCGGAGGAGAGCAUGGAAGAACCCCCCAAGGUGAGCGUGGGUGCACUCGCGGAGGAGAGCAUGGAAGAACACCCCAAGGUGAGCGUGGGUGCACUCGCGGAGGAGAGCAUGGAAGAACCCCCCAAGGUGAGCGUGGGUGCGCUCACGGAGGAGAGCAUGGAAGAACCCCCCAAGGUGAGCAUGAGUGCGCUCCCGGAGGAGAGCAUGGAAGAACCCCCCAAGGUGAGCGUGGAAGCAAUCACGGAGGAGAGCAUGGAAGAACCCCCCAAGGUGAGCAUGGGUGCGCUCCCGGAGGAGAGCAUGAAAGAACCCCCCAAGGUGAGCGUGGGUGCGCUCCCGGAGGAGAGCAUGAAAGAACCCCCCAAGGUGAGCGUGGGUGCGCUCCCGGAGGAGAGCAUGAAAGCACCCCCCAAGGUGAGCGUGGAUGUACUCGCGGAGGAGAGCAUGAAAGAACCCCCCAAGGUGAGCGUGGACGUACUUGUGGAGGAGAGCAUGGAAGAACCCCUCAAGGUGAGCGUGGGUGCACUCGUGGAGGAGAGCAUGGAAGAAUCCCCCAAGGUGAGCGUGGAAGCAAUCACGGAGGAGAACAUGGAAGAACCCCCCAAGGUGAGCGUGGGUGCGCUCCCGGAGGAGAGCAUGGAAGAAUCCCCCAAGGUGAACAUGGAAGCAAUCGCGGAGGAGAGCAUGGAAGAACCCCCGAAGGUGAGCGUGGGUGCGCUCCCGGAGGAGAGCAUGAAAGAACACCCCAAGGUGAGCGUGGGUGCGCUCCCGGAGGAGAACAUGAAAGAACACCCCAAGGUGAGCGUGGGUGCGCUCCCGGAGGAGAGCAUGAAAGCACCCCCCAAGGUGAGCGUGGGUGCGCUCCCGGAGGAGAGCAUGAAAGCACCCCCCAAGGUGAGCGUGGACGUACUUGUGGAGGAGAGCAUGGAAGCACCCCCCAAGGUGAGUGUGGAAGCACUACCAGAAGUGAAUAUGGAAGGACCCUCUGCAAAUGUGGAAACAUCACCUGAGACAAGUGAGGACUUACCCUUUGAAGCACAUGUGGAUCCAUCCCUGGAGGUGAGCAUGGACUCAUCCCCAGAUGUGAGUGUGAACCCAUCUCCUGAAGUGAGCAUGGACUCGUCCCAGGAGGUGAGCACGGAAGCAUCAUCUGAGGCUAGUGUGGACAUAUCUCCCAAGGCGAGCAUGGAAACACUCCCUGAGGAGAGUGUGGAAACAUCCCCCAAGGAGAGUGUAGAAGCAUUCUCAGAGGCAAGCAUGGAUGCACUCCCAGAGGAGAAUGUGGAGGUGCUCCCCAAGGAGACCACGAAAGGGCCUUCUGAGGCAAGUGUGGAGGUGCCCCUGGAGACCUCCCCCGAGGUGACCGUGGAAAUAUCUUCCAAGAAAUCAGGAAUGGAUGAACAGCCCUCAAACCCUAUUACCAAGAAGCGUGUACCACCAUCGCAGAUACCAUGUUAUAAAUGGUCGUCAUCUCCUACAAGAAGAUGGUGUCCACCAUCUCCCACCAGUGCUAGUAGGCAAAUUCAAAAGAAUUGCCCCUCAUCACCUUCACCUGGCACGUCAAAACAAUCGACACAGUUUUGUUUUUCCUAUAAAGUAAUUCCUACGCAGCGUACCGUAUUUGCACAAAAUGCAUUAGGUACUAUGGGAAUGAAAAGCAAAGCCGUUUCUAACACCAUUAACAACUCUGAGGCUGCAAGCCAAAAGGAUAUGAUCUGUGAAGAGUCUGGUCAUAAAGGCACACCAGGACCUAAGAAUGCUGAGGAGGCAACAAAAAUUUUGGCAGAAAAACGACGCCUUGCUCGUGAGCAAAAAGAAAAAGAAGAAAGACUACAAAAAGAGAUGGAACAAAGGUUGAUCAGGAAAAUAAAAGAUGUAGCAAAGAAAGUGGAUGAAGGUCAAGAAGACGAGUUUUCAAAAUUUGGAGAUGGGCAACAACCAAAGGAGAUGAAGAAGAAAGAAAGUCAGAAACAAGAAGACCAAAAAGUAGAAUUCCAGAAAAGUGACGCCAAAAUAAAAGCUCAGGAGGAGGCUGACAAACGCAAGAAGGAGCAUGAGAGGAUUAUGUUACAGAAUCUGCAGGAGAGAUUAGAAAGAAAAAAGAGAAUUGAGGAAAUUAUGAAGCGGACGAGAAAGCCAGAUUCGAAUGCCUCAAAGGCUACAGAAGCAUUGAGCGGUGAUGCAUAUGAGGAGGACGAGGCAGAUGAUGAGGACGAGUCAGAAAGUGACAGUGAUUCCUUUGAUGACAUGCGUCCAUCAGCUACUAUAAAUGGCAUGGAUUCAUCCACAAAACCAAAAACACAUUUUAAGCAUGUGAAGAACACUAGCAAGUUUUUAGAUGUGACUUCUAGCCACAUCCAUAAAGAGACAAAAGCAUUUUUAAAUACUGACAUGAAAACCUUUGGACCAAAAGGAGUGAAAGACCCUUUGAAUCAGACAAAGAGUACCAGAUCCUCCACCAAAAGACCAACCAACCGAGCAGCAAAAACUGGAAAGGUGGAAAUCAGCAGCACUGUGGGACCUACCAAGAGUUCCCGUUCAGAGGUACAGAAGUGGGUAUGCGACCAAAUUAUCGACUUCUCAAGAGAGGCAAAACCACCUGGGUCCAGUUUCCCUCCUGAGAGCCCAAAACCCCAGCCGAGAGGCUCCAUGACAUCCUGCCUGAAUCACGGGCCACCCGUAGACAACAAAAACAGAAGCCAAUCUGUGCCUGCUCCAUCAGAUACGUAAACCUUUUCCAGCCUAGAAGAGAAUCCAUUCUCCACUCUGGAUUUUGACCUCUGGGCCCACCUUUCAAAAUUUCUCUGCCUGCUACAUGAACCCAGCAAAGAAAAUGACUCUCAGAAAAAAAUAUCAUCUUAACAUA